AUGAGUUAUGCUCAACGACGAACGGUCGAUGACGCAUUUAGCGUCCAGCCUAACGCACUACUUGCUGCUGAGAUGGUGGUCAACGAGAACGAUAUUGCUCCUAGCGCUCUUCCAAGCGCGUCAUACGAGAGUGCCUCCGAAGUUGCCGCUGUUGUCAAUACCGUUUGCCGUCCUUCGCCUACAGCCGUUUCCGACAAUGAUCAGACUUCUCAGCCCGAUGCCUCAUUUGUCGUCUUCAUCGGUUCUGGCAGACCGGAGCGAAGUUGGCUGAAUACCUCUGCCCCUGGGGGCUAUGACUACUUACCAAGAGACGUCACUGAGUACCUACCCCGUGCCCGCAUUUGGGUCUGGGGCUUCGCUUUCGCUUUCGACGACGCGAACCCUGCCUCGUUGACCGCAAAGAACUUCCUCUUUAAAUACUCCGAUCAACGGCAAAGAGACCGCAGACACAAUCCUGGAUCAAGUAUCUACGAACCAAAGCUGAUUCUCAUAUCAAGUGGGAACGGCGGGAUCAUUGCGAAGAAGAUCCUUCUUGAAGGACUGAGUAGUCAUGGCACUCGACAGGAGAUUGCACUAUCUUGUAUUGGCAUUGUGUUCCUUGAAACAUUUCACCUUCCCCUCCCAAACGACCUCAAGUCCGCUGCAAACGUUACAAGGCUCUACCCAAAAUCGUUACAACGAACGUUUCUUGACUUCAAUCUCAUCGCUGUAAUCAGAGAAUUGGAGAAGGUAAAUCUCGAAUUUUUGAACAACAUCAGAUACAUGCCUUCGACCUUCUCUGUUGUUAACAGGCAGAAAAUUCUAGGGGCCCCUGACGUGACAAACGGACUUUUUCCUCCCGAAGUGAGGGGGGAGAAUCGCGAUCAAUAUAUAAGCAUCAUACAAACCGAGCGGUUCUGGACACGGAAGCUACACAAGCAGCAUCCUGUCUUCAUCACCAUCAUGAAUCAACUUCGAGACUGGACUCGAGAAAGUGGGUCAUCAAUCGCACCUUUGGCGAAUACAAACUCAAUCUCAAUUGCGCAACAAGCCGUCGGGAGCGUGAACUUGCUCAGCAUUGAUGGCGGAGGAGUUCGAGGUCUGGCAAGCCUUUUGGUGUUAGAAAGAAUUAUGCGUGAGAUUGCCAGACUCGAGAUUGCUGCAGAACCCGCCACCAUCAACAAGAUCAGGAUACCAGCUGACUAUUUCCAACUGGCCGGGGGCACGAGUACUGGGGGGCUUAUUUGCAUAAUGCUGUUCCGCCUACGCAUGGACAUUCAAAGCGCCAUCGCAGAGUACAGAAGACUUUCACCUGAAAUAUUCCACAGGAGUGCAACACGAUAUAUCGGUUCAGAUAUCGCGAAAGCCGCUAUCGGUAUGCCGUGGUUCAGAGCGGAGCCUUUGGAGGCAGGUGUGAAACGCAUCAUUAGUGAGCGGAUAUCUUGGCAGGAGCGGGAACAGCUGGGCAGCAACACUGCCGAUGCUCUUCUCAUCUCGCCUAUUGCAACUUCGUUGGAGAACUCCUGCAAGACAUUUCUAUGUGCAUUGAAGAAAGGAGAUAACACUGCAGUCCGAUUCCGAGCAUACCCUACGCAGGGUAGCGGGAGUGAUGCAUUCCAGCAAUGCAGGAUAUGGGAAGCAGCACGAGCCACGUCGGCAGCGCCGUUUUACUUCCCAACAGCCGAGGUAGCUGGCGUGAAGUUCUGGGAUGGAGGCCUCGCCAACAACAACCCUGUACUCGAAGUUCUAGGCGAAAAAUCUCGAAUGUUUCCUGGCAUGUCGAUUAAUUGUCUUAUUAGCCUGGGCACAGGAUUCAGCGAACGGAAGCCAACAAAAUCUAUCCUCCCGGUACUGGGGAAGGGUAAAAGAAUCCUUGGGAACGUGACAAAUGUCCAUAUCAACGAUGCGAGAGCCGCAGAGCAGACUGCAACUCCUAAUGCGGCUGACCGUUAUUACUUCCGAUUUAAUCCGAGUACAUCGGAGGAUGAAAUUGGACUGGCAGAUCACAAAAUGCUCGAUGCAUUAACUGCGCAUACGGCGCGUUAUCUUGAUCGCGAAAAUGUCCGGUCAGAUGUGCAGCGUUGUGCUGAACUAUUGUACCAUCGAAGAAACAUUGAUGACACUAGCAGUCCAGCGGUCGAUGCUUCUCCGGAAGGUAAUCAUGACACUGAACAAAGUUCUGCCAGUGAACAUGGCGAAGCCUCAGGCACCCGCGCUCGGGCAACAGACGGACAGACUAUUACUGCUGACGCCGCCUCGGAAGGACCCCAAUCGACAGGCAUCAACGCCCGUGCGACUGAGCAGGACGCUGUACGAGAUGAGGGAGAUCUGUAUGGGAGUGACUAA